CUACUACCUACAUCACCGUCCAUCUCCCCUCAACCACCAUGCCAUGCCACAAGUCAACCUCCAAACAUACCUCUCCCACGGCUUCCAGCCCCUCCCAAUCCUCGACCCAGAGGACUUACAUCCACCACCAACCCCACGCCCCGACCUCCACGAUGCCAGCGACAUCCACACCAAAAACACCUGGACCAGCUUCACCCUCUCCACCAUCCAGCACCAAUUCAGCCCUCCUCGCAUCAGCACAUAUCGAAGACGACCCAAUCCCGCCAUCACCUCCCCGCCCCAUCAACUCCCAACCCGCAGUCCGAUCCCGUAUCCACUGCUACUUGACCAACCGGAUCAUACGCGCUCUUCGCUGCGGUUUCGCCCAUUUAGAAACCAACCCCGCUACCAAUCUACCCUGGACAGGAUAUAAGUAUACAGUCGUAACCUACGACGUCGGAUCCAUGGCCCUAGCCCUAGCCCAUUCACCCCCGUCUGAGCCUGAUGACUACCUCCCUGACCUCGCUAUCUUCGACCCGUCCCUUCCCCCAGAGAGAGCUGUCAACCGUGCACCAGGGGUUAUUAAGCCCUCGUUUACAUGGUCUCUCGGUCAGCGAGAUAGUUCUGAUCCUAGUCAACGGACGGAGUUCAGGCAGGUUCUCGCCGAGGUGAAUUUCCACAUGAAGCGGAAUCAGACGCGGUAUGGGUUUGUUCUCACGGAUGCGGAGCUGGUUGCGGUGCGGAGGCCUGAUGGAGAUGCAGAUGGAGAUGGGAAUCUGGAGGUUUCGGAGUCGAUACCGUGGAGCGCGAAGGGGAGUGCGAUGCAGCCGAGGAUGACGGUGCUGCUGGGGUUGUGGUAUUUGGGGAUGUUGGCUGCGGAGGAGAAGGGUUGGAGUUGUUAGUGUUGUUUUUUGGUUUUUAAUCUUGGGGUUCUGGCUGCUGGUGUUCAACAUUAAGGUGGCAUCUAAUAUACGGGGAGCUGUUUCAGCUGCAAUUGAAGUUCUUGUUUAUAUACG